AUGACUACCCCGACCGACAUCAAGCGAGGACAGGAAGCCGAGACUUUUGAGUACCGUUCCAUGGCGGCGUCUCCACGCAACUCAGCGGCGGCUGCUGCGCACUUGCCGAUCGAUGGGAGCACGGGCGAGACGGAGCACUCGGCCAUGAACAUUUGCGAAGCUGAUGUCAUUGAACCGGCUCCAAACGCUUUCCAGCGCGUGGUGCGACGGUACCGGCUGUUAGAAUUCGGUAGUGCAGUAGUGCUGCUCCUCCUGGCGCUCGUGUUUGCCGAGAUUGAAGUGCACGAGCGUCCGAUUCCUGCGAUAAGAGUUCGAUUGAGUGCCACUGCAAUGACGUGGGCGCUCGAUCCGUCCAUUGACGAGUCAAAGUUGUCGGAACAAGUUCCCAUGUGGCUCUUGCUGGUACUAGGUGUUGCUCUACCAAUCGUAAUCAACAUCUUCGUAAAUUACGUGCUGCCAGUCGUCUGCCAGGUCCGAGUGAUUGCUCACGAUACGCGCGACUUCCUGCUGAGUCUCGUUCAGUCGGUGGCUCUCGCGACGUUUUUCACGCAGUUUACGAAGAACAUUACAGGCCGCUUUCGUCCCAGUUUCUAUGACAUGUGCAAGUGGCAAUUCGACGUGGUCUGGGACGGCGUCACGAAUUUGUGCACUGAUGCUGCUGGCGAGAAAGAAGGACGCAAGAGUUUUCCAUCCGGUCACGCGUCUUUUGCGUGGGCAAGUAUGCUCGUUCUAGCGCUUUAUCUGUUGGGUCGAUCGCGUCUCAAUUGCGAGAAUCGCAGCAGCUCGACAUUGCGAGGUGGCAAGAAAUCGUUGAUGCUGUUCCUGUGCUGCGCUCCGAUUCUCCUUGCUUCCUGGAUCGCAAUCUCGCGCUGCAUUGACAACUGGCAUCAUUACAGCGACAUUUUGGCAGGCAGUGUCAUUGGCGCUGUAUCGGCGCUUUUUGCGUUCAACUACAACUACGGGUCGAUUUUCAGCUGGGAUUGCGCGGGUCUGCCGCUCGAGGAGAUUCACGAGCGCCGCACUAUCAAAGCAACGGAAGGAUGGAGUGGGCGACCUGACCAGUUGCCGUCAUGGCGCACCGACUCGGACUCACAACCCCCUCUGCUAAAUUACACGUCGAGUGGGUACAUCGUUGACCUGAGUAGCCGUAGCCGAGACUCUGUCGGUGUAUGA